AUGUCGUCCAUGGACUGCGCGAUCCAUGUGGUGCUGGGGGUGGUCAUGCGGAGGAGCAUCUGCCGGCUGCACGAAGUCGUCGCCAUGGCCGUGGAGCUCGGCACGGCGCUGCUUGUGGCCGUGCGGUUCUCCGGCAUGGCCUUCCGCCGCACGCGAGCCCCGACUCAGGUGGUAUCGGGGUCGACUCACUAUUACUACUACGCCCCCGUGGCGGCCUCCAUGGUUGGCAUGUCCAGGCUCGACAGGCACUAG